GCUUAUUCGCUAUCGUUAGAAUAAUAACUGGUAAAUCGUGUACAGUCAGAAUUAAAGAAAAUGGCUAAGUCCAGAAAACGUGGUGCACCAUCCAAUAUUGCAUUGGAUGCGUCUAAGCAAAAACAGUUUAAUCAAACAGUUCAAAGAAUACAAAAAGAUGAGGUAACUGUUGGCCAGUCUGUGCCAGGUGUUGUGUAUGUAUCACAUCUACCAUGGGGAUUUGAAGAAAAGCCUCUACGAGAAUACUUUCGUCAAUUUGGUACUAUCAAGCAAUUACGGUUGUCCAGAAGUAAAAAGACAGGAAAUCCCCGUGGUUUUGCCUACAUACAGUUUGGCCAUGAUGAUGUGGCAAAGAUUGUCGCUGAAACAAUGAAUAACUAUCUUAUGUUUGGAAAAUUGAUUAAAUGUAAGCAUUUGCUAAAUCCACAUCCAAAGACAUUUAGAAAUUGUAAAAGGCCAUUUAUAAAGCCUGAGGAAAUUUCUGGUGCAAUAGUUAAACAUAAUAAACAGAAGACUGCUGAUGCUGUAGAGAAGAGCCAAAAGAAAAUGAUUGGCAAAUUAGCCAAACUGGAAGCCAAACUCGCUGCUCAAGGAAUCAAGUAUAAGCUUGAAGAUCCGCAUUUGGUUGAAGUUAAAGAACGUCUAAAAGUGAAGGCAGAGGACAGGAAAAUUAAGAAAACUGAGGAAGACAAAAAGAAGAUGGAAGAAAAAGAGGAGAGAGAAAAAAAUGCUGCCAAAAACCCUACAGAUAAAGAUGAAAGUGAUGAUGAUGAAGAGGAAAGUGAUGAAGAAGAGGAAAGCGAUGAUGAUGAGGAUGAAGAGGAAAGCGAUGAUGACAAAAAUGAUGAUGCAGAAGAGGAGUGUAAAGAAGUUCUUAAAACACCUGCAAAUAAACAAAAAGGUCAGAAUACAACUAACAAUGAAAAUCUGGAAAAUAAGUUAAUAUCAAGUAGUCCAAAAGAAAGUAAAAGUACCAAGAAAACUGACAAAAGACAAUCAUUGAUUCCAAAAGAAGCUGACACGCCUCAAGGGAAAAAGAAUGUUGUAACUGAAGACAACAGUGAUGAUGAAAUAUCAUUUAAGACUCCUCCGUCUUCAGUAAAAUCAUCUAAAUUAGAUUCUUCAACAAAGUCACUGAAGGGAAUACCGGUGACAGAUGAAAAGAGGUCACCAAAAAGAAAGCUGAAUGAGACGACAUUGAAAGCUAGAGGAGCUGCCACACCUGAACCUCUAGGUACAGGUAAAAAACUGAAGUUAACACCAGGACCAGCUGAGAAAAAAGAAAACAAAAAGAUUAGUUCAAUUAAGAAAGAUGUAAAUACACCUAAAAGCUCUGGCAGAACUCUGAGAGCUACUACAUGUAAAAAGACAUUACUCUCUGCAACAAAAAAGAAACAACUGAAAAAGUGAUGCAAUUUUUAAUGUUGUUAAGUGUUUUUACUGCCUUGUAACAUUUACUAAAUAGAUCAACUGAAAUGAGAGUUAAAUGAAACAAUUCGGACAAAAAAAAUAUAUAUCCAUCUCUUAUAUCAAAAAUAAUUUUAUCAUAAAGUUUUAAAAUGGAAUAUUACUAAAGUUUAAAAAAUAAAAAAAAAUAUUAAAAUGAAAUGAUGGAAAACAAUA